AUGUCAUCCGCAGCUACCGCGAGUUCCACAGGGCACCGCCAGUUCUGGGCCUCCUGCGACCUUGCCGACGGACCGGAUCAUCGCUUCUUUGCCACUGCUACCCCUUCCCCGCCGAUCAACCUGCCGAACAUCCAGGGCGACUACCAGCUGGUUCUCGACUGCCGCCACGGUCGCGUGCUGGUGCAUACCAUACAUCCCCUUGGCCUCAUCGUCUGUAACCCCAUCACUGGCGAGCAGCAGGUCCUGCCCAACUAUCCUGGGUUUCCCUUCAGUUGCUUCGCCGGAGCGGUGCUCUGCGCCGUCGACGGCUGCGACCACCUCGACUGCCAUGCGGGGGCCUUCCGCGUGGUCUUCACGGGCACCAUCAACACCAACGCUGAAGCCGACGAACACAUCGACGAGGUCUUCACAUGGGCGAGCCUCUACUCUUCGGACACCGGAUUGUGGACCGAGCCGACGACAGUCCACCCCGCCCCCCUCAUGAACUCCAACGACUUGAUGGGCCCAAGCCUACUCGCCGGCGACGCGGUGUACUUCACCCUGGACCUCCAGAACAGCCGCACUGUUCUCAGGUACGAUUUGGGCGGGGCGGCCCUGUCUGUGAUGAACGCGCCACCGUCGGUUAGGACUAGGAGGGACACGUUCCUGGUGACGGGGGAGGACGGAGGGCUGGGAGUUGCCGCCGUGGAGAACUACCGCCUCCUCCUGUGGUCGUGGAGCGAGGGUGUAUGGGCGCCGUGGAGGGAAAUCACCCUGGAGACGAUGGUACCCUUCACCAUCGGAGGCCCCACCACCGAGCUCAAGGUGAUCGGCUUUGCAGAGAUGUCUGGCGUCAUCUUUAUAAUGGCAAAUGGCAUCGUUUCCACUGUCGAGUUGAAGUCUGGCAAAAUCAGCGAGGUCAGAGAGACGCUCAACUCCAGCAGUAUCUUUCCCUUCGAGAGCUUCUAUACUCCAGGUUCUAGCCUCAUGCCCAUCUACUCUGUGCUUCACUCAUCACAUAAUAAUGCUGUGCAUCAUAAGUUAGUGUUGUUUGGUUAA